UUUCCCAUAGUGUCCCUCCAUUCUGCCUUUAUAGUUUCCCUCUACCACCCCACUUUUUUCCAUUCCUUCUUACCCCAAAAGAAUCAGAACCAUGGCGACAAACUCUCCAUCUUUGUUUGCGCUGUCUCUUUUUCUCUCUUUGUUCCUCGCCACAUCAUGGGCUUCCGAUAUGUCCAUCAUAACAUACGACGAGAACAACCACCUCGCCGGGCCGGGCCUGCGGUCCCACGACGAGGUCAUGUCCAUGUACGAGUCGUGGCUGAUGAAGCACGGCAAGUCCUACAAUGCUCUCGGCGAGAAAGAGAGGAGGUUCGAGAUUUUUAAGGAUAACUUGAGGUACAUAGACGAGCAGAACGCCUUGGGUGGCCGGACAUACAAGCUCGGUCUUAAUCGCUUCGCCGAUUUGACCAACGAGGAGUACCGGAAGACGUUUCUCGGCGCCAGACCCGACGGCAAACGCCGCUUGACCAGCACGAAGAGCGAUCGCUAUGCGCCCAAGGUCGGGGAGAGCUUGCCAGAUUCCAUCGACUGGAGAGCCAAAGGCGCUGUUGCUCCCGUUAAAGAUCAAGGCAGCUGCGGGAGUUGCUGGGCGUUCUCUACGAUUGCUGCUGUUGAAGGUAUAAACCAGAUAGUUACUGGGAACUUGACCUCACUUUCCGAGCAAGAGCUGGUGGAUUGUGAUACUUCCUAUAAUCAAGGGUGCAAUGGGGGUCUCAUGGACUAUGCUUUCGAGUUCAUUAUCAAAAAUGGUGGCAUUGAUUCCGAGGAAGAUUAUCCUUACAAAGCCAGGGAUGGCAGAUGUGACCAAUUCAGGAAAAAUGCUAAAGUUGUAUCGAUCGAUGGUUACGAAGACGUACCUGAGAACAAUGAAAAGGCACUGCAGAAGGCGGUUGCUAAUCAACCUGUCAGUGUUGCCAUUGAAGCCGGUGGGAGGGACUUCCAACUCUAUGAAUCAGGUAUAUUCACAGGGAAGUGUGGAACUUCCUUGGACCACGGGGUGGCUGCUGUUGGGUAUGGCAGCGAAAACGGUAAGGACUAUUGGAUUGUGAGGAACUCCUGGGGUUCAAGUUGGGGGGAGAAGGGCUACAUUCGGAUGCAGCGUAAUGUGGAAGUGAGAACGGGUCUAUGUGGAAUUGCUGUAGAGCCCUCUUACCCAACCAAGACAGGCGCAAAUCCUCCUAACCCUGGUCCGUCUCCUCCAUCUCCUGUCACACCACCCUCUGUUUGUGAUGACUACUACGAAUGCCCUGAGAGCACCACCUGCUGCUGCGUUUAUGAAUAUUCUGGCUACUGCUUUGCAUGGGGAUGCUGCCCACUCGAGGGUGCCACUUGCUGCGAAGACCACUACAGUUGCUGUCCGCAUGAGUACCCCGUGUGCCACAUUCAGUCUGGAACUUGCUCAAUUAGCAAGGACAAUCCGCUUGGAGUGAAGGCAAUGAAACGCAUUCUUGCCAAACCAGUUGGGACGUUUGGCAAAGAAGGCAGGAAGAGCAGCUCUUGAGAAACUCUCUGAAGUCUGACCCGGCAGGUGAGGAGGUUCCUGGAACUCAGAUCAUAGGGGGAGGAACUAGAUGAUGUUUUCAGGUACCGUGUUUCCGAAACUUCAUCUGCUGCUGAGGUGAAAUCGUCGGUUUUAAGAAGAAGCUGAUUUGUACAUGAUUUAUUGUCUGUGUUUCUCUGCCUUUGAAUCCGAACAACUGAAACAGGUCCUUGUUCUACAGUUUCUGAUUAGUUCCUGUACAGUUCCAUUUUCUUUAUGAUUAAGAAGUGGCUGCUUUGGUAAUAAGCAGCUCAUAUCCAUAAUUGUGUUUGUACUCCAAUUUGUACUUGAUUCAUAUAUGGGGAAGACCCUUUUCUAUUUGGAAUACCUCA